UUGUGAUAACAAUGCUUCAAAAGGUAUAAAUAUUGGCGGAUUAGAAGGAAUUGCCAAGCCCAUUUUUGGCAUCAUUUCACCAUGGAAGCAACACGCUUUGUCUUUGCCCUGAUUUUUGGACUCCUGCUGAUCGGGGUAUGCAUGUCCCGUCCAGCCAAGAAAACGAACGUGCGACGUCAUAAAGCUCGCGAAUACGAGUUUAGUGCACCUAGCCAGGCAUGCGGGUUCCAAUGUAAUGAUGGGUCAUGUAUACCUGCUUAUUGGGAGUGUGACGGCAUUGUCGACUGCAGCAACAAAGAAGAUGAAGAUCACUGUGGCGGGUCGAAGUCCGUUCCAGCUUCCUAUGGGAUCGGCUGCCCACCCUGGAUGUUUGAAUGCUACGAUGGUACAUGUCUGCCUGAAUAUGUCAAGUGUAAUGGCUAUAACGAUUGCAGCUACGGAGAAGACGAGAACUGGUGCCCCUCUCCGACACCUAAAGGAUGCAACUCUUACCAGUUUACUUGUAAUGAUGGGUCUUGCAUACCAAGCUAUUGGCUUUGUGACGGCAUUGUCGAUUGCAGCAACCAUGAAGACGAAAUAGGAUGCGCUAAUAAGACCACAAAUGCACCUUAUCCACCUGACCCCGUCACAUCCAACUACGGCUGCCCACCAUGGAUGUUUGAAUGCUAUAAUGGUACAUGUCUGCCUGAAUAUGUCAAGUGUAAUGGCUAUAUCGAUUGCAGCUACGGAGAAGACGAGAACUGGUGCCCUAAUAAGACCACAAAUGCACCUUAUCCACCUGACCCCGUCACAUCCAACUACGGCUGCCCACCAUGGAUGUUUGAAUGCUAUAAUGGUACAUGUCUGCCUGAAUAUGUCAAGUGUAAUGGCUAUAUCGAUUGCAGCUACGGAGAAGACGAGAACUGGUGCCCCUCUCCGACACCUACUAAAGGAUGCAACUCUUACCAGUUUACUUGUAAUGAUGGGUCUUGCAUACCAAGCUAUUGGCUUUGUGACGGCAUUGUGGAUUGCAGCAACCAUGAAGACGAAAUAGGAUGCGCCAAUAAGACCACAAAUGCACCUUAUCCACCUAACCCCGUCACAUCCAACUACGGCUGCCCACCAUGGAUGUUUGAAUGCUAUAAUGGUACAUGUCUGCCUGAAUAUGUCAAGUGUAAUGGCUAUAUCGAUUGCAGCUACGGAGAAGACGAGAACUGGUGCCCCAAUAAGACCACAAAUGCACCUUAUCCACCUAACCCCGUCACAUCCAACUACGGCUGCCCACCAUGGAUGUUUGAAUGCUAUAAUGGUACAUGUCUGCCUGAAUAUGUCAAGUGUAAUGGCUAUAUCGAUUGCAGCUACGGAGAAGACGAGAACUGGUGCCCCAAUAAGACCACAAAUGCACCUUAUCCACCUAACCCCGUCACAUCCAACUACGGCUGCCCACCAUGGAUGUUUGAAUGCUAUAAUGGUACAUGUCUGCCUGAAUAUGUCAAGUGUAAUGGCUAUAUCGAUUGCAGCUACGGAGAAGACGAGAACUGGUGCCCCGGUCCGACACCCAUAUAUAGCCAAGGCUGCAACCCUGACCAGUUUACUUGCGAUGAUGGAAAAUGCAUACCAAGUUAUUGGAAAUGUGACGGCAUUGUCGAUUGCAGCAACAAAGAAGAUGAAACUGGAUGCGGUAACAAAACCACAGGAAGUCCUUCCUACGAGCCUUCUUAUUACGUCACACCCGACUACGGCUGCCCACCAUGGAUGUUUGAAUGCUAUAAUGGUACAUGUCUGCCUGAAUAUGUCAAGUGUAAUGGCUAUAUCGAUUGCAGCUACGGAGAAGACGAGUACGGGUGCAAUGAAAUGAGCUGGUUGGAGAGAGCAACAAAACGUAAAUCAACGAAACGCGCCCGAAGAUCUGGCCAGCCCCAGAGAACACACCGCAAGUAAACCAAUGUUGUGAACGAAGGACGAAUAACGGAGUGCAACCUGACGGACUGGAAUUGAGUGAGACCAGUCCACGACAGGAUUUAAUUUCUUUAAAGACAACGUAGAUAAGAAAAAAAUGCCUUCAUUAAUAUUGGAACUCAAUCCCUCAAUUUUGCCAAAAAUUGAUUCCAUGUAAUAAUUGCUUCUCAAUACUCUGUUGUUUUAAUCAAAUUUUAUUUUAAUGAAACUGAGAAACGUGUACACGCUUGUUGGGAGAUUCGAAAGCUGUUCAAUUUUUUUGACAAAAAAGUGUCAAGGUCACUCUGAGGGUACUAUCUGAUUCUACAUUUAAAACGUAUAAGAAAAAAUGCCUUCAUUAACAUUGGAACAACAAUCUCUCAAUUUUGCCAAAAAUUGAUUCCAUGUAAAAUUUGCUUCUCAAUACUCUGCUGUUUUAAUCAAAUUUUAUUUAAAUGAAACUGUGUUUUAUGGUGGUUCAAACGACAAAGUAAUAAUGAGAAUUGUGUACACGCUUGUUGGGAGAUACGAAAGAUGUUCAUUUUUUUGACAAAAAAGUGUUCAAGGUCACUCAGAGGGUA